AUGGAAGGGCAGGAAGAAAGACUAAUUAUCAAGAGCAUUCAAGUUGAAAAUUUCAAGAGCUAUGCCGGCCUGAAAGAUAUUGGCCCUUUUCAUCCAAGUUUUACAAGUAUUGUCGGUCCCAACGGGUCUGGUAAAUCGAAUGUCAUUGAUGCAAUGCUAUUUGUCUUCGGCUACAAAGCACGCCAUAUGAGACAAAACGUCCUGAAAGAUUUAAUCCACAAAAGUACAAAAUAUCCGAAUUUAACUAAAGCAUCUGUCAAAGUUAUCUUCGCAAAGUACAUUGGUGAAGAAGAAGUUCCCAACAGUGAAUUUUCUAUCGGUAGAGAUGUCAGAACAAACGCAGCAUCCAACUAUUAUUGGAAUGAUCGUUCCUCAUCAUACACAGAAAUCACCAAGUUCUUGAAGUCAGUUGGAAUUGACUUAGACCACAACAGAUUUUUAAUCUUACAAGGCGAAGUUGGCUCCAUUGCCCAGAUGAAGCCAAAAGCAACGAAUCAGAACUCCGUAGGCUUAUUAGACUACAUUGAAGAUGUCAUUGGUACAAGCGAAUACGUCGAACCCAUCCAAAACAAAGAGAAAGAGAUUGCCCAGAUCAAUAUAACAAGAGAUGAAGCAAUUGGUCGCAUGACACAUGCCAAGAAAGAGAGAGAUGUCCUUGAAGACUCCAAAAACGAAGCAGAACAAUACCUCGAAUGGCAAAAUACCAUAAAAAUUUUGCAUGCAGCACAAAUCAACAACAAAAAGGAAGGAUUAAGGAUGAAGAUUGUCGAAGACCAGAAGAUAGUUAAAGAAGUCAAUGAAGCACACGCCAAAAUGCUUGACAGUCAUAAAGAAGACCGUGCGAAGUAUGAUGCCAAAAUUCAAGAAAAAAAUUUAGUUGAAAAACAACUUGAAAGGCAGAAAAACAGUGUCAAUGAUCAAAGUAAAAAGGUCAGAGGGUCAAAGAACAAAAAUGCCGAAUUAGAUUUGAAAUCCAAAUCAUUAAAUUCUACAAAAGAUCAAUUAGAAAAAGACAAGAACAAGAUGCUUAAAGAUGUCGUUGAAAGUAAACGCCAAAUAGAUGUUCUCCAGAAAACAAUCGAGAAUUCUGAGUCAGAAUUAUCAGAAAAACAAAAAGAAUACGAUAGAACUAAAGAAGAAAUGGAGAAACUCUAUCAAAACACAAAAGAUGAAACAACAAAACUUCAAUUGGAUUUGACAAUGUGUCAAACGGUUUUGUCAGAAAAGAAUGAAGCAGAAUUAACAUUAAACACUGAAUACAUGUCAUACAAGAACGAAUUGAAGUCAAUAAACCUUGCACAAGAAGAAAACAAGAAGUUAAAUGAAAAAUUAAACCAGGAACUUGAAAAAGCAAAAUCGGAUUUAUCCCAAAAAAUUGAAGAAGAAAAAACCUUAAAUGGAAAAAGUGACAUAGAAGAAAAAACGUUAAAUUCUUUGAAAGAAAAAUUAGAAGAUAAAAAGAAAGAAUACGAGAAUCUGCAGCAAGAAAGAAGAACAGUAUUUGUGAAAUACCAAGAACUUGAAAAUAACGUACAAAGAAACCGUCAAAAGAAUAAACUUGUUGAAGGUUUAGAAGAUUUCAAAAAACGAGAAAAUAUUGAGGGCUUAUUUGGUCGAGUCGGUUCCUUAGGUACUAUUGAUAAAAAGUAUGAUGUCGCAAUUACAUAUGCAGCAGGAAAUGGAUUAGAUUUCAUUGUUGUUGAUACUGAUGAAACGGCAAAAAGAUGUUUGAAUGAAUUAAGACAGAAAAACUUGGGAAGAACAACUUUCAUCUGUUUGAACAAAAUCAAGAAAUUCCAGGAUGAUUUCAAAGCUCCGGAAGGAAGUCUCAGAUUAAUCGACUUAAUACAAGUCAAAGAUAAAUCUCAUGAAAAAGAUUUUUUGAAUGCUUUUUAUUUCGUUCUCAAAAAUACGUUAGUUUGUGAAACGAUAGAAAAAGCCAAAGAAAUCGGUUACGGUUUGAGACAAAGAGUUGUUACAUUGCAAGGAGACUUGAUUGAACCUGCUGGUACAAUGACAGGUGGUGGAAGAUCAAAACCAAGGUCAGGAGGUAUGGAUUUGGUUGAUGAAAACGAAAUUAAAAAUCUUUCCCAGAAUUUACAUAAUUUGGAUGAAAAAAUUCAAAAUUUAAGGAGAGAAAUCGACCAAAUUUCCUCUCAAAUUAGACAGCUAAAUCCAGAACAAUCAAAAAUUGACUAUGAAAAGUGUCAAAUGGCAAUUAACUCUUUGAAUGAAACGGUUAUGACGAUAGAAAACCGUUUACAAACUUUGGUCAAACCGGAAAUGUCAGAAGACGAUAAAAACAGAAUAAUCGAACUAGAACAAAAAAUGGCCGAAAUUGAACCAAAAUUAGAACAAGCAAAAAGUGACGCAAAAAGUGCCAAACAAAAAGUUGAUGAGUUACAGUCAAAAAUUGCAGAUGUUGGCGGAAAUGAACUGAAAGCAAUUAAAGUAAAAGUCCAAAGUUACAGGAAUACUUUGAGUAUGUUAAACAAAACAAUUGCUGAGUCAAAACAAAAAAUCAGUUCAUUGGAAAACCAAAUUUCCAAAAACGAAAAGAAAGUUGAAGAAAACAGAAAAGAAAUCGAAGAUUUAAUACAAAAGAUUUCUGAUAUUUCUCCUUUGUUGGCUGAAAGUUCUCAAGAAUUAAAUGAAAACAAUGAAAAACUUGCAGAACUAAACAAAGAACUUCAACUCUUAGAAGACAAAAUUGAAGUUUUCAAACAAGAUAUUGAAAAAAUGAAAGAAAAUUUGGAUGAAUAUUCUCAAGAAAUUGAAGAGUCAGAAAAACGUGUCAAAACCGCCGCCGAUACACUUGAAGAUGACACACAACUUUUAGAGAGAUUAACAAAGAAACUUGGUGAAUACAAUGUUGACCAAGAGAAGCUUUCCGAAUGGGAAGAUCGCGAUGAACACGAGAUCGAAAUAGAAAUCGCAAGUUACGAAGACAAAGUCAAAAGUACGAAUGCGAAUAUCUCUGCAAUUGACGAAUAUAAGAGGAAAGACGAGAUCUAUCAGCAAGAACUCGAAUCCUUCCAGUCAAUUGAUAAACAGAGAAGUGAGUUGCAAAGGGAAUAUGAGAAUUUGAGGCAGGAAAGACUUCUUAAGUUUUUGGAUGGUUUCGAGAAAAUUACAAAGAAACUCAAAGAAAUUUAUCAGAUGCUCACUUUGGGAGGUGACGCAGAACUUGAGUUAGUUGAUACUUUGGAUCCUUUCUCUGAAGGAAUUACGUUUUCCGUGAGACCGCCUGGAAAAUCAUGGAAACACAUCGCGAAUUUGAGUGGAGGAGAAAAAGCUUUGAGUAGUUUGGCUUUGGUUUUCUCUUUGCACCAGUUUAAGCCGACACCGCUUUAUGUCAUGGAUGAAAUUGAUGCGGCGUUCGACAACAACAACGUAAUGAUCAUUGCUAACUACUUGAGAGAGAAAACAACUGAUGCACAGUUUAUUGUUGUAAGUAACAGAAAUAAUUUCUUCGAAUGCGCGGACAGAUUAGUUGGAAUUUUCAAGAAAGAGGAUUGUGCAACUGCUCUGAUGAUUGAACCAACGAAAUUCGUGCCAAAGGACCAGAAUAAUAAUGAAGGUCAUGAAACUGUUUUUAUUCAAGAAUAA